AUGGCAGAGUCCAACCUUUACAUCGAUCUUGAUGAGUCAGAGUGGGCGACACAUGGUUUUGGCAAAACUAUCAGAGAGGUUAUCAGCUCUAGUUUAAUGACACAAGACUUUAAAAGUCUGCAAAAGCUAGGUGUAUUCUACAUAUACCAAUUAAUCAACUCGGAAGGUUCAGAAAUGAUUACAUGGAAACAGAUGAAGGUUUUGAAAAAUAUGCUAAGUAAAGGCAAAAAGGCAAAAUGGUUUCAAAGCUUGGAAAAUAUACUGCUAGUAGACUCACUCAAAAGGGACCUUCAAGAAGAAUGGUGA